UCUGUGUCGGCAAGAUACAGUCGUGUUGUCUUUACGAUGACAUCACCCAUCAGUUUCAAGUGGUGGAUCUGUUCUCACAUCUCACGGAACCGUCCACUCAACAAACAGCAACCUCGCAAUUGCUAUUACAUGUAGCUAGCUAGCUGCUGUGCUUGAUCAACACUGAGUCGACUCUGGUGCACUUGCUGACACCAACGUCCUUUACCCCAACAAGACAACCAGCUCUACUUGAAUAGGUCAGACCAUGUUUGCCUCCACCAUUCGCACCUCCUUGGCUUCAAGCCGGAAAGUUACAUGUUCGGCCACUGGUGUGGGAGGACGAUGUCUCUCAGGAGGAGCCGGUUAUGGUAACGUUCGAGAUCAGGUCCUUCCAACCGAGCAAGAAACGGAAAGAGAACUGUUUCAACAUUGCAACUAUCCACGAACAGCCAACGUUAUCAGUGCUCCAAUGACAUAUGGACAACCAUAUGUGGGCACGGACUGUGGUCCAAGAUGGCUCAAGGAGGCUGGUUUGAGGUCCAUGCUCUCCAAUUUGGGAUGGCGUGUCAAAGAAGCGCCCGCUUUGGAUUUUGAUGACUUUAGCGUGCACAAACCUCCCAAGGUUAACAACUCGGCCAAAAAUAGCCAUAUUGUCGGUGAGGGAACUCUCAAACUGGCAAAAUUGGUGGAAGAAACCAUUGUUGCCGGAGAGUUCCCAUUGAUUCUGGGUGGAGACCAUUCCAUUGGAUUGGGUAGUUUGGCAGCUGUGCUCAAGGCACGGCCAGAUGUUGGCAUUAUCUGGGUGGAUGCUCAUGCCGAUUUGAACACUCCCAAUUCGUCUCCUAGUGGCAAUAUGCAUGGAAUGCCAAUUGGGCUUUUGAUGGAUGGUGUCUUGACUCCGGACGAGAUGCCUCCUGGUUGUGAGUGGGUGAACGAUUAUCCUCGUAUAUCUCCCGAUUCCAUUGUUUAUGUUGGAUUGCGUGAUGUUGACUCGGAGGAACGAAAGUUGAUUCGCAAACUCAACAUCAAAGCCUUUACCAUGACCGACAUUGAUCGCUACGGCAUUGGUAGAGUCAUGGAGAUGUCCUUGGGCCAUUUGUUGCAAGACAACCCCGACAGGCCAUUGCAUUUGAGUUAUGACAUUGAUGCUGUUGACCCCGUCUUUGCUCCCGCCACGGGCACCACAGUUCGAGGUGGAUUGACUUUCCGAGAAGCUCACUAUGUGGCCGAGUCGGUUGCUGCCAGUGGUAACCUGGCCAGUGCCGAGAUUGUCGAAUUGAACCCCAACCUGUCCGACGGCAGUGGUGCCACGGAAACAGUCGAUUUGGGUCUUCAGAUCGUCACAUCACUCAUGGGAAAGAGCAUUAUUUAGAGAGAAGGAAAAACAAAAGAAAAGAAAACAAAAAACCAAUUCGCACACUGCAUACAUCAUGAUCAGUAAGUAGAACAGCCAUUCAUUUGUUUGCAAAAGCAAACGACAACUUUCGCAGAGGAUCAAGACGGCGAAUCUACCACUCCAAUAAACGAAGAAAUUUAAUACAAUACACCAAGUGAAAUUGAAAGAAAUUUACUUAACUCAUAGAUUACAAUGAUAUGAUUUCUUCUUUAUUUUAUUUAUUUAUGCAAAG